AUGUAUACAUUAUUACAUGGUUUUUACAAAUAUCUGGUGCAAAAAGACGAAUACUGUGUGUUAAUAUUAGGUCUUGACAAUGCUGGCAAAACGACGUAUCUGGAAGCUACAAAAACAAAAUUUACGAAGAAAUAUAAGGCAAUGAAUCCUAACAGGAUAACAACAACUGUUGGGUUAAACAUAGGAAAAAUUGAUGUAGAUGGCGUAAGACUUAAUUUUUGGGACCUCGGAGGGCAGCAGGAGUUGCAGAGUCUUUGGGACAAAUACUAUGCAGAGUGCCACGCUGUUAUAUACAUAGUAGACUCGUCUGACAGAGAUAGAAUAUCUGAAUCUAAAGAAACCUUUGAUAGAAUGAUAGCUUCUGAACACUUGUCCGGUGUACCAUUGCUCGUACUAGCCAAUAAACAAGACAUUCCAGACUGCAUGGGAGUUCACACUGUGAAGCCAAUAUUCAACCAGAACGCACACCUCAUCGGUGCAAGAGAUAUUAUGCUGAUGGCCAUUUCUGCUCUUAAUGGUGAUGGGGUCGACGAAGGCAUCAGAUGGCUUGUGGACUGCAUAAAGCGAAACAGCGUCGAUCGGCCGCCGCGCAACCACGACGAUAACUUAUAA